AUGAUUCAACAGUCUUCACGUAUAAUACAGUAUUUCAAGAAACUUGGAUCUAGAUUAUUUCAUUUCCGUAAAAAAAAUCUACAGCUUAUACUUAUAUCCUCUUUAAUAUUCAUAGUUACAACUUCAUUAAUAUCAUAUCAAUCAGAAACCAUUCAAUCUAAUUUAAAAAUUAUAAAGGGAAAUUAUUUUGAUUCCUUAUUUUUACGAAUUUAUGACGAAUCGAAUAAUGAUUUAUCCGAUCUACAAUUGGAAGAUCCUGAUUUGUACCUAGAUUCAAAAUUAAAACGACUCCUAAAACAAAAGAAACAAUAUAUAAAUCAAGAAGACGAUGAUUAUUGGGUACUAGAUACUGAAAUUAAAGAUACCAAAAUUCAAAUUCCAACCUAUUAUCAAAAUUCACAAAGUAAACCAAUUACUCAACCAUUUGAUCCAAGAUUUACCUUGGGUAUUUAUUAUCAUUAUUUAAAUCAACAACUCAAGAUUAAUUCAAAUGUAGUCGUUCCAUUUAACUGGUAUGAUUGGGUCGAUUUAUCCGAUUUGAAUAAACAUAUAUUAGCUCCAAUUUCUCAAAAAGCAAAUUGCAGUAUAUUGGACGCAAGAUGGGAUAAUCAUGUAUAUGUAAAAGAAAAGGAAAAGAAUAGAAAGUUAGAAGAGGAAUGGAAGAAGCAACACGAAGAACACAAAGAAAAUCAGAAAAGACAGGAUAGAAUUGAAGUUGAAAAUCCAAAUCAAUUCUGCCUAAAUGAGUUACCUGAAUCAUAUAAAGAACAUUCUAAAUAUCCAGGUUUUAAUGUAUUUGAAAAUCCAGGUAAGACAACUCUUGAAAAAGCAAUAUUGGCAGGUAAAUCAUAUUUAUAUUCAUUUGCUCCACCACCUGAAUCAAUAGUAUUUUUAACAAGAGAAGGAAGUUAUGAAGUUGGAAUUGAUUCAAAUAAACCAUUGUUAUCUAAUAAUUUACCAGAAAUCUACUAUCAAAACUCAGGUUCAAAAUUAGACGUAUUAAAAGAAUUUACAAGAUUAACCAAAGCUCAUAAACCAAAUACUCACAGAGUCCUAAAUGAUUAUUUAUUAAAUAUACCUGAAGAAAGUUUCAAAUUUAAACCAGAUGAAAUAAUAAAUCAACUUGAAUCAAAAACACUUUCCAAAAAUGAAUUAUCGUAUUUAAAUAGUCUUAAAUAUUCAAAAUUUAAAGUUGAAAAUGGCGGUCCACCUAAAUAUUUUAGAGAAUCAAGAUUAUUAGAUUCAGUACUUGGUGAUCAUUAUGAUUGGAGAUUUUUCAAUGGAUUAAAUGUUGGUACAAAAGAACACAGUUUAACAUUACAUAGAUUAAUUCGUACUUGGUUAUCAUUUACUAGAAAGAAUGGUAUUAUGACAUGGAUAGCUCAUGGUUCUUUAUUAUCUUGGUAUUGGAAUGGGAUUGCAUUUCCAUGGGAUAAUGAUAUUGAUGUUCAAGUUCCAAUUAUGGAUUUACAUAAAUUAUCAUUAAAUUAUAAUCAAACGCUAAUUGUAGAAGAUCCAGAAGAUGGGUUUGGUAGAUAUUUUCUUGAUUGUGGUACUUUUAUAACAUUAAGAGAAAAGGGAAAUGGUAAUAAUAAUAUUGAUGCAAGAUUUAUUGAUAUUGAUACCGGGCUAUAUAUUGAUAUAACGGCAUUAAGUGAAAGUGAUACACCUACACCUGAAGAAUAUGCAAGAACUUUAUCCGAAGAUUUAAAGAAAUUAGAUGGUUGGUAUUGGAAAAAGAAUGCAUUUUUGAAAAUUUAUAAUUGUAGAGAUAACCAUUUUAGUUCACAUUCAGAUUUAUCACCAUUGAUUAAAACCUUGGUAGAAGGUGAAGUUGGUUAUAUUCCACAAAAGUAUACAAACGUGUUAACUAAAGAGUAUAAGAAUGGAUUGACAAAUAAAGGUCAUUCAGGUUAUAUAUUCUUACCAAAAGUUAGGUUAUGGUUAAAGGAAGAAGAUUUAUAUUAUUUCCUCAAAGAUAGAUCAAAAUGGGUCGACUAUUAUACACCAAAUAAAGAUGGAAUAAUGAAAUCAAUAUCAUAUAAAUUAUCAAAUGAAGAAAUUCAAAAAAUUCAAAAUCCAGAAGGCAAUCCAUAUAAGAAAAUUACAGAUAUGAAAUUAAAAGAUUCUGAAAAAGAACAAGCAAUGAAUUUGGGAUACGAUGAUUUAAUUGAAUUAUUUAAAAAUGAUGAUUUAUUAAUUAUGAAAUUAUCAACUACAUCAUUUACUAAAUUCCAUGAAGAUGAAAUCAUUAAAUUAUUACAUGAUAAAUCAACUUAUAAAAUGAUGAAAGAACAUAAAGAUUUUACUCCAUUAAAUUAUGAACCUUAUUUAUAUAAAUUAAGAAAACAUGGGGAUAGUUAUGAAUCAAAAGUUGACAGAUUUUUACAGUUGGAAUUAGCAUAUAAUGAAGAACAAGAACAAAAUUAG